UAAAUACUUUACUUCCGCAACACCUUUUACAGAGGCAAGAUUCAAUUGAAGACUGUCUUAUAGUUUUGACUUACACGCAGCUUGGCUGGCAAUGGCUUCCACAAGCGCUCAAAUGGCAUCUGAUUCUUCUCCAUUCGACCUUGGAUGGACUUAUGACGUGUUCUUGAGUUUUAGAGGGGAAGACACCCGUUACAAUUUCACCGAUCACUUAUAUAAUGCUUUGGUUGGAAAAGGCAUUAUAACUUUCAGAGAUGACCAACUUAUGAGAGGAGAAAAAAUUGUGCCAGAGCUUCUAAAUGCUAUUGAAAAAUCAAGAUCUUCCAUUGUUGUUUUCUCAAAAACUUAUGCUCAUUCAAGGUCGUGCCUAGACGAGCUUGCAAAGAUCAUGGAGUGCAGCCGGAAAUAUGGGCAAAUAGUAUUGCCAAUUUUCUACCAUGUGGAUCCAUCGGAUGUACGUAAACAAACAGGGAGGUUUGGAGAUGCAUUCACCAGGUAUGAAGAAAAUUGGAAGAACAAGGUACAAAGUUGGAGGGAGGCCUUGACUGAAGCAGGCAAUCUUUCUGGAUGGCAUGUAAAAGUGGGGUAUGAAUCAGAGCAUAUCAAGAAAAUUACUACCACCAUCGCCAAUAGAAUAUUGAAUUGUGAAAUCUUGUCUGUUGGGAAUAAUUUAGUUGGAAUGGAUUCCUAUUUUAAAAAAAUAAGUUUUGGACUAAGUAUGGAGUCAAAUGAUGUUUGCAUGAUUGGGAUAUGUGGAAUUGGUGGAAUAGGUAAAACAACCAUUGUUAGAUAUAUAUAUAAUAAAAUUUCUUGGGGAUUUGAAUGUAGUAGCUUCCUUGAAGAUGCCAAAAAGGUUUACAAAAAUAAAGGUCUACUUCGUUUACAAAAGCUACUUCUUAAUGAUAUCCAAGAGGGAGGAAAUCCAAAGAUAAGCAACAUUCACCGAGGAGCCCAAGUGAUACAAAAUAGUCUUUACCUUUGAAAGGCUCUUAUUGUUUUUGAUGAUGUUGAUGAUAUGGAUCAAUUAGAAUUUUUAGUUGGAAAUCAUGCUUGGUAUGGUAAAGGAAGUAGAAUCAUCAUCACAACUAGAGAUAAACAAUGCCUAAAUACGCUUAAAGUGGAUUACCUAUAUGAGGUUGAAGGACUAAAAGACUAUGAAGCACUUAAGCUCUUUAGUCAAUAUGCCUUUGAACCAAAUCUUCCAAAAGAGGAUUUUAAAUUUCUCUCAUAUCGGGUGAUACAUUAUUGUGAAGGUCUUCCAUUAGCUUUGAAAGUUUUGGGUUCUCUUUUAUGUGGCAAGACAAAAGGUGAAUGGAAAAGUGAACUACACAAAUUGGAAAAAGAACCUGAAAUGAAAAUUCAAAAUGUGCUUAAAAUAAGCUUUGAUGGAUUAGACACUACACAACAAAUGAUACUCCUUGACAUUGCUUGUUUUUUUCAAGGUGAAGAUAAAGACUUUGCUUCAAAAAUAUGGGACGGUUAUGAAUUGUAUGGUGAAAUAAAUAUAAGAGUUCUAUCGGAGCGAUGUCUUAUAACUUUCUCAAACAAUAGGCUACAUAUGCAUGGUUUGAUCGAGAAAAUGUGCAAGAAAAUUGUUCGAGAACAACAUGCCAAAGACACUAGCAAAUGGAGCAGAUUAUGGAAUCCAGUUGAUAUCUAUUGUGCGUUUGUAAGUGAAGAGGGGAUGGAAAAUGUUGAAACCAUUUCUCUAGACUUGUCUAGAUCAAAAGAAAAAUGGUUCACUGCAAAAAUAUUUGCCCAGAUGAAGAAAGUGUUUGCCAAGAUGAAGAAACUUAGAUUGCUCAAAGUCUAUUAUAGUCUUGGCGAUGGGCAUAAAAUGUCUCUUCCUAAAGACUUUGAAUUUCCUCCUAAUUUAAACUAUCUUCAUUGGGAAAGUUUAGUGUCUUUGCCUUCAAAUUUUCAUGGAGAGAAGCUUGUUGCAAUCAACUUGAAGUCUAGCAACAUAAAAGAACUUUUGAAAGGGGAGAAGUGUUUUGCAGAAUUGAAGUUCAUUGAUCUAAGUAACUCACAACAGCUCAUCAAAAUACUGAAAUUCUCAAGGAUGCCAAAAUUGGAGAAACUUAAUCUUGAAGGUUGUGUAAGCUUCAGCAAACUUCAUUCAUCUAUUGGCACAUUUUCUGAGAUGAAAUUUUUGAGAAAGCUUAAUUUUAGUGAGAGUGGAAUUAGAGAACUCCCAAGCAGCAUUGGGUCCUUGAUAUCUCUUGAAACUCUUAAUCUCUCAAAGGUUCAAAGUUUGAGAAAUUCCCUGACAAUUUCUUUGUGAAUAUGAGACAUUUAAAGACGCUUUGGUUAUCUCAUAGUGGUAUUAAAGAACUCCCAACCAACAUUGAGUGCUUAGAGGCUCUUGAAAGUCUGGUGCUCGAAGGUUGCUCAAAUUUUGAGAAGUUCCCUGAGAUCCAAAAGAAUAUGGAAAAUCUGUGGAAUCUUAAUCUAGAUGAUACUCCUAUUAAAGAAUUAUCUUGCUUGAUAGGUCAUCUUUCCCGACUUCAAUUCUUAGAUUUGAGCAAAUGCAAAAACUUGAGGAGUGUUCCAAGCAGCAUUUUACAGUUGAAAUCCCUGCACCUCUGCUUUCUCAGUGAUUGUUCAAAUCUAGAGAUUUUUUCGGAGAUCAUAGAGGAUAUGGAACAUUCAAAAGGCCUUUCUUUACGUGAAUCAGCUAUAACAGAGCUGCCAUCAUCAAUUGAACGUCAAAUAUGUGUGGCAAGGUUGGACUUGAGCAAUUGUGAGAACCUUGAGACUCUUCCAAACAGCAUUGGUAUGACGUGUGUUAGUGAACUUCUUGUUCGUAACUGUCCAAAGCUCCACAAAUUGCCCGACAAUCUGAGAAGCAUGCAGUUAAAAGAACUAGAUGUAAGUGGUUGCAAUCUGAUGGCAGGAGCAAUCCCCGAUGAUUUAUGGUGCUUGUUCUCAUUGCAAAGGUUAAAUGUGAGUGGAAACAACAUUGAUUGCAUACCUGAUGGCAUCAUUCGUCUUUCUCGCUUGCAUUUCCUUUUCAUGAAUUACUGCUUGAUGCUUAAAGAAAUUCCAGAGCUUCCAUCAAGUCUAAGAUGGAUAGAAGCACGUGGUUGUCCACUCCUGGAAACUUUAUCAAGUGAUGCAAAGCAUCCACUCUGGUCCUCUCUUCGCAACUGCUUAAAAUCACAAAUUCAGGAUUUUGAAUGCCCAAUAAUCGGGAUGCACAACUGUGUAAGUGUUUUCAUUCCAGGAAGUAGUGAAAUACCAGAGUGGAUAAGUCAUAAGAGUAUGGGAAAUGAAAUAACAAUAGAUCUCCCAAAGAAUUGGUAUGAAGAUAACAACUUCUUGGGAUUUGCUUUAUUCUGUCAUCAUGUUCUAGUUGAUGAUGACAUAUGCAAGGCAUUUCAAUGUGAUAUUUUUGCAUUUGAUACUCUUCGAUUGUUGAUAUCCGAUGGUGAUCAAUUUGGACGCGUGGAGAAGAUAGAGUUUAUUAUGGAUAUGAAUCUAGACAUAAAGAAUAGCACAUUAUUUGCAGAUGCAGCAUUGAUGGUGGUCUAUUUCCCUCAGAUUGCCAUUUCAAGUGAGUAUCGAUCUAAUAGGUGGAACAAGUUUAAGGCUGGCUUUUCGUCCUAUCUUAGGCCUAUCACCAAAGCAAGUUGUGGGAUCCAUCUCAUCUAUGCGCAAGAUCAUCCUCAACAGAGCCUUCAACUAUUCAAUGUCAAAAGAAGCCAUGAUGAUACAGAGGAUCACCCACAUCACAAAAGAUCAAAACAUGUAUAGUUUCCGGCUCCCUCCGCCAAGAGUAAAAUUGCUCAUGAUUCAAGAUUUAAUUCUUAAAGUUGGAGAGUGCUUGGAGGCAAGAAGGUUAUUCUUAUUCUCUUCUUUCCUUUUUUAAUUAUUGUAAGGGUUCAAUAUUUCCUAGUGUUGUCUAAUUGUCUCCUAGGUGACUUCUUUCCCUUUCUGUAGGCAUUAUUAAGUAUAUAUAUAAGCAGUGAUUUUAAAUCUAAAACUUAAUUAUACUAUUUGCCUUUUGAGUAGCUAGGAUUAAGACUUCUUGAGUAAAAGAAGGAAUCUCUAUACUGUACUCUUUCUUCCCCACUCUUCCUUCCCCUUUAGCACAUUGCUUUGCAGAAGUAGCAUUUGUUAUCUCACUGACACUUGGUGUGAACCUGUUGUCUGCAUAGCUUGCCUAUAUAGGCAAUAUAUAGAGUGAUUUAUCACAACAGGAUUUAUCACAACAGGU